CAGCUGUUGUUGAACAGCUGUUUUUAUGGCAGCACAGCAAGUUGUAAGAAAACUGAAGAAAAGUAUUUGCAAUAAUUAUAAAUAAAUAAAAUAAAUAGUAAGCUGAAUUGAAUGAGAUGCAAAAAUGACAAAAAUUCCGAAAGCAGCACUUAGUUUGAAGCAGUUCAUGUUGCGCCAGGAAGUGCUCAAGUUGUACAGGGAAAUCUGGAGAACCACACGCCUGGUGCCGGACAAGCACAGUCAGCGGGAGCUGAGGGAAUGGGCCCGACACGACUUCCAAGCGAAUCGUAGCCAAGACGACGAGGUGGCCAUCAAGAUGCUGCUGCAGAGCGGCCGGCGGAGUCUCACAGAGCUGCAGACGAGCCUGGAGCUGAGCGGCGUUAGUGUCAAGGGGAGCGGCAAGUGAGGAAAAUGCUUGUUUUUAUUUGAGCGUUACAAAUUUGAUGAUAAACUAGAAUGACAACCAUAAAUCUGUAUAAAUAAAUACGAGAGCCGUGACAAUAGCCAAA